UCGGAUUCAGAAGCCAUUUCUCAGAAAACCAGUUCUCACGAAGUCAUUUCUGAGAUCUACCACUCUGCCGCUGCUGUCUCUUCUGGCGAUCUUCAAACGUGCCAAUCCUCUAAGCUUCAGCAGGAAACAAAGACCUACAAAAUGACGGAACGCUCCUACGUCAUGAUCAAGCCCGACGGCGUGCAACGCGGCCUGGUGGGGGAGAUCAUCGGCCGGUUCGAGCGCAAGGGUUUCGUUCUCCGUGGCCUGAAGCUGUUCCAAUGCCCCAAGGAGCUCGCAGAGGAGCACUACAAGGACCUCGCUGACAAGCCCUUCUACAAGGGCCUCGUCGACUACAUCAUCUCCGGCCCCGUUGUCGCCAUGGCCUGGGAGGGCAAGGGAGUGGUGGCUUCGGCUCGCAAGCUGAUUGGCGCCACCAACCCCCUCGCUUCCGAGCCAGGCACCAUCCGCGGCGACCUCGCAGUCGAGGUUGGCAGGAACGUUGUGCACGGAAGCGACAGCGUGGAGAAUGGCGAGCGUGAAAUCGGUUUGUGGUUCAAGGAGGCAGAGCUUAUCAAGUGGGACCCAACACUGCUCCCCUGGCUGCGCGAGUAGAGGGCAUCAAGCGCAAAUCUUGUCAAAGUUACAGCUGGACUGUUUCCGGCUCCCCCAGGCUUUCAUUGUUGAUGGGCUGUUACAGUUGAGCCAUGAGCCGAGUGCAUUAUCAUUUUUGAUUCGUGAUUACACAGUGAAUUAGAAGCUUUGACUGACACCUUAGACUGUCUGACGGGAAUGUUCAAGAAAGAGGUGUCAACAAUAGGAAGAAUGUUGCUAUAGGGUGAAAUAGGGCAAGAAAAUGAAUCGACCGACGUGCAGCAGAUUUUUGAUUAGUUUGCACCCUUUAUCAUGGAUAGGAGAACAAUUCCACUACCAAGUUAUGAG